UAGGAGGGAGCAUGCGAUCCAUCCAUGCCUCUGCAUUCAGUUCAGUCCACUGUGCAAGUGGUAGCUGGAACUUUAACACGAUUGGAGUAACGUCACGCAAAUGGGAAUUGCGUCUCCAUUCAGCGUCUUACCCCGAAGAUCCUCGAACUGAGGGGAACUCCACAUUGUAGAACAUCGUACACGCUAACGCCGAUUUUAGGGUACUGCAGUAUCAUCGAAGCUUACGUCUCUUUCAAACACAAUCCGUCUUAUUCGCCCACCUGGGCUGCCAGCACAUAAUGCACCAGUCAACACGUCGAACGACUCUAUCAUACAUCAACUCACCCAUCAAUUUCAGUUCUGGCCAAUUCCGAGGAAGAUGCGUGCGUGCUAAGCUCGUGGAGAUACAGAAAGCAGACCUAGGACGAAAGUACGCUCGUGUAGACCGACGCCCUCUCGAUCCACCACCAGUGGUCCAACUCAGGUUAUACUACAUACACAAUGAGGGUGACCAUGAAUCCGAACACGAAGUUCAAGACUACGACGAGAUACAAAACCUUGGAUUACUUUGCAAUGUCGACCUGUUUCCAGUGUCUACUCAGCCUGAUAGCUCAUCGGAGCCAGGCUCCCUCCCCCGUCUCCCUCACCAACUUUCGCCAGUAGUCCAACCCGUUCGCCCCCCCUCUGGCGGCUACUCACUACCUUCAAUCUCGUCCACCGAUCAAUUACCUCCCUUAAGCAGUUCGAGUAGGAUUCCUGUGUCAGAUGCUAAGCUCCCCCACCUUCCUCCCUAUGUCCAUCACGACCCAUUCCAAAUUCCUGAACACAUGAAAUGUACUAUGGCACUCUCAGGUGCCACCUUCGUUCAGCCGGCUUGUAUAGACUAUGGAGGCAAGAGAGCUCUUGUCUUUCCAUUUGCUGACCUUGCGGUGAGAAUCGAGGGCGACUUCUUCCUCCGCUACCGCAUUUUCGAUCUCUUUUCGCGCACGGCAGGUCUAGUAGAUGUGCCAGUGCAGGCUGAGUGCUAUGGCGGUUCAUUCCACAUAUAUUCAACCAAAGAAUUUCCUGGUUUACAACCUUCAACAGAGCUAUCCAAGCAACUCUCUAGAUAUGGUGUACGACUCAAUACCCGCGAGACGGAACGCAAGCGCAAGAAAAAGGUUUCCAACAGUACCGUCAUUCCAUCUCGAGCAAGCAGACGCAGAGUCACAAGGAUUCCGCAGAGCGGGAGCGAGUGUGAUUGAAUUUUCUGCGGUGUGAGAUUAUGGACCAGGACGAUUACAUUCAAGGGACUUGGCAUGCUCAUUUGGUUGAAAUUUCAUAAUAUCUGACAAAA